AACUUCCCUCUCCUCCAACUUUGCCCAGCUCUUUGCAAAAUCCCAUACGUCGUCCUGAUCCUCCUCAUUCUCAUACCCCUCUUCCACUACCGCAUUCUCUCCCUUACGCAUCAUACACGUCUCCCCCGAUCCUUCGUCAUCAUGCCUGACGAGAAAGACCCCCCGGUCGCCAAGCCUGAGGAGGCGUCCGACUGCGCCAUCGACAGUUCUGAUGAGGCCGACGACGAGUACAUCGAGGCUCAAAUGUCCCAGUCAGAGCUGAAGAAGAAGCAACAGACGCAGCGUCGGACGAUCCAGCAUAUCGUUCCUUUCAAAUGGAGCCCUUUGGUGUUGCCUCUGACCGAGUCGAACCUCGAGUCUUGCGUCGCCCUCGAGGACGCUGCGUUCACUGACCCGAGUCAUCGCGCUACCCGCGUCAAGUUCAUGUACCGCCUCGCGACCUGCUCAGAUAUCUCCACAGGUCUCUUCUGCAGCGUCGUCCCGGCCGAGGCCGAGGCAUUCCCCCUCUCGACCAUGACCGUCGCCAGCCCCGUCGAGACAGGUCGCGCCAACGGAGCCAAGCUGGUCCUACUCGGCCACGCCGUCGCGACCCUUGGGGAUGGCCCCGUCGUCAGCGACGACGACAUGGCCUACCCGGACAACUGGCGCGAUCAAAAGUCCGCCAAGAGCACGGAUGUCGGCCACAAGAUCAUGGGCCGCACCCUGUGUCUGCAUUCCUUCGCCAUCGACCCCAAGGUCCAGGGCUUGGGUCUCGGCAAGCUUCUCAUGAAGUCGUACCUGCAGCAGAUCAACAACUCUGGUGUUGCGGAUCGCGUUGCGCUGAUCUGCAAGGACUGGUUGGUUAGCUACUACCAGCGCUUCGGCUUCAAGCGCGUCGGUCCCAGCAAAGCGUCAUUCGCUGGCGGCGGCUGGAACGACAUGGUCAUUGAACUCUCAGGCCCGCCCAAGAAGGGUCCCGAUGCCCUCAAGGCGCGCGCCGAGUAGUGCCGUCGCCGUCACCGUCGCUGAGGCCAUUCUAGGACUUUUCUUCAUCUUUUUCGCAGUCUUAUCCGAUGAGUCUCGGCCAUCCGAGCUCUAGACGAGACAAAAACCUCUGUUUGUUUUGAGAUGAGCAAAUCAGAAGGAAUGGGGAGUGGUAUACUGAGUGGGUUGUCAACUGGGACAACCUCACAUUUGCAUGAUGGCUUUGCUUUUUUCUUCCUUUUUCUUUUGUUACCCAAGUCAACGUUGUCGAGUUACCACGAGAUUUUCAAAUCUCGAAAAAGGGUGGUAACAUCAUGAAGACGACAGGGC